GUUCAAGCAGCCGCCCGGGCGCUGGCGCUUGCCUCAGGCUUUCGAAGAUUAUAGGGUUUGAAUGUGGCUUCAGCACAAAAGAUUGAUCAGGCUAUGAUAGGCUGGCAGCCAUGAACGCUAUUUCAAUUUGGAACGCCUUGAGGAGAUAAGAAAGAAGGACGCGAUGGCGGAGGCAGAGAGCGUUCUGCUAACCGUCCGCGCCAAGUACAAGCCAUCAAUGAAGGAGGCGGGGCUGGAGGGAGUACUCAUGCUGACCCCCAGAUUCGCGAAAUGGACCCCAAACAACCCUGGGGCCGCUACGCCCCUCUCCAUCGACUUCAAGACCAUUAAAAAGCACUUCAACACAAAGGAGGAGUCGAAGAAGGCGCUCAUGAAGCUGAUGACAGACGUGGAUCCCAAGAAACCAGGGUUUAUGUUCGAGUUCAACUCAUUCGACGACCGGAACAAGGCCAACCCAAUCGUCGGUUCAAUCAUCGCCCGCCAUCAGCCGCCGGUCGGUCCAAGCUCAAGCGGAGCGGCCGCCAGCGCCGGACCGACCGCCCCCUCCCAAACUUCCAAACCCUCCGGCGCAGGGCGGGCUUCCUCGCAGCUCGAGAACGUCAGCCAAGCGGAGAUUGAGCAGCGCAUGGCGGUGCUUGCCAAGGAUGCGGAUCUCCGGAAGCUGCACGAGCAGCUCGUCGGGACAGGAAUCCUUACGGACGCAGAGUUCUGGAGCACGCGGAAGGGCUUGCUCGAGAAGGAGGCCGCCAAGCAGUCGGACCAGAAGACGGGGCUCUCCAGCCAAAUGCUGACCGCCCUCAAGCCGGUGGUUGACGGCCGGACGAACAAAGUCAGCUUCAACCUCACCCCCCAGAUCAUCCACCAGAUCUUCCAGGAGCGACCGCUCGUCUUGCAACGAUACAUGGAGAACGUGCCAGACAAGCUGAGCGAGGCCGAGUUCUGGACGCGCUACUGCAAGGCGGAGUAUUUACAUUCGCAGCGGCGCGCGGGCGCGCAGGCGGCGGUGGCCGACAUGGACGAGGAGGCGGAGGCCAUGUUCCGGGACGACGACGCGGGGCCUUCGCGGGAGGAGCAAACCAAGAUUCGCGGGGUGGACCCGACGCUCAACAUGGCGGCGGACCAAGCGGACGACUAUUACCAGAGCACGUCGGGUUACGGGUUGCUGAGGGACGGAGGGAAAGAAGCCGGCCCGUCACGAGAAAGCGCCAAGAAACGAAAGAUUGCCCACGACAUCAACCGACACGCGGCGGUGGUCCUGGACGGGAGGCCGGCAGGCGAGGACAUCAAGGACCCCGCCGCCGCUGCGGCCGCCGUGAAUGCCGCCCGAGCGGCCGCGCAGCUCGCCGGAAGUCGAGCGGAAAACGGCGACCCCGCGCGCGAGCAGCGGUGGCACGAGAAGCUGCAAGAGGCGACCGACAUGCCGGACCUGCACCCGCAGCCGCAGGCGCCCGCCGUGCCGCUGCGCAUCGAGGACCCCCGGCGUUACUUUGACGUCAGCACCGGCGGUCCUGCAAGCACCAGCGCAGGAGGGCCGCAGACCGACGGCGCGCUUUGGGCGGCAAUGCGCGAGCAGGCGGGCGCGGUGCGGACCGAGGGACUGGGCGGCGUGCUGCCGCCCGCGAAAGCCUUCCAGGUGUUGAGUGAGGUGCAGCAGCAGAUCCAAGUGUCGGUCGCGAGCGCCGGCAAGAAGGCCGGGCAGGACUUGCUCAAACAACUGCCGGCGUCCGUCAAAGAUGACGUCUUCCAGAGUGCGGCAACUGCGCACGAGAUGCUGCGGCACUUUUGGGGGGCGUACCCGAUCACGAGCGCGACUCUGCUCAACAAGGCCAACCGGUUGAAAGACGCCAUGGCGGGGCUGUACGAGCGGAUGCAGCGCACCAAGGAGGGGAUCCCCUCAGAGUAUCGGGAGCCGGUCUCUCAGCUCUUCAAACCAGUCUUUCAGAUGCUUGACGCCGCAUUUGCUCACUACGAAAGUGAAGAGGAGCUGCGGAAGGCCCGUCAGCAGCGAGCGGCUGCAAACAGGCCAGCGGGUGUCAACGGAACGGCGCAGGCUGCGGCAGGCUAACUACUUGUGUUCCCGCUACCAAAUUCUGGCGCAAAGUUCCUUAUACGCCUUCUGUUGGGGCAAUUGCGCCUGUUGAGUACCGUGUUUGAUUGAAAUCACACCAGGAGAAAGACAGAAAAUUAGGCUCGCAGCUGACUGCUGAAGACAGGAUACGUGCAAAGCCGAGAUAGAAGAGUGCUCGAUUAGGCUGCUUUCUCAAGAGGUGUCAUGAAACGGUGCAUGACCAUUGGGACUCACAACUAGCUCUGCGAUCCGCAAAAAGAGAUCAAACAUGGUCAAGCUUCGAGCCUGAACAUCGAUCCACAUGAUAAUGGCAUGCGGGACCUGCUAGCUGCUCAUGAAGCA